GGGUGGCUUGGGCUAGGUUUGGGCGGUUUAGGUUAUUCGAAUUCGAGUUAGGCGGCGGGAUUCGGGUCCGGACGAGUUUGGAUGAGGGUUUACUUCAGGUUUUGGCGAAUUUCCGCCGCGUAUUUGGAUUUGGAACGGCACGACAAGUUGAGCGACGAGUUUCGAGCGGAUUUGGGGGGGAAUUUGCGCGUUGCACUUGCGAGUUGCGUAAGGUGGUGAAAAUUUUGGGCGCGGCAUUGUGGAUUUGAUCGCAGCUUUGGGCCGAGAUGGGGUUCAAGUAUGGGUGGAAAAAUACCUGAGUAGCUUACAAAUUCAGCUCAGAUUUACGGUCCCGCUUUAAUGAAACUUUUUCUGGCUUGAGACGAUUAAAUUUCGAGGGAUUUAUUUAUGACUUCCCUUCCACUUAUGUUUGAUGUUGAUAUCCGGGUGCACCAUUGCGGAAUUUUUGUCUCGUCCUUGGGUUGAAAUUGAAAUUAAUGAUGCAAUAGCAUUAAUUGGUACUGCGUGAGGUUUCCAUUUAAGCUUCAAUUUACUGAAGCGUCUGAUAACACUUAUGGAAGGGCGGAGAAAUUCUCAGUGUUAACAGUUUUCCGGGUUCCAUUUUAAAAUCCACAUAGAUUACACUCGGUUGUUCCUUCUGAUCGAAGUAUGUGAUAUCAUGGGUUAUGAUUAAAACAGUGAUUUAUCAAAAUGCCCCACAUUUCCUGAAAAUGCUGUAAUUCGUCGUCCUGGUAUUUCGAAUUCUACUAUAAAUAAAUGGAGGUAAUGUCUGUGCUGGAAAUCGACUCCACAGAUGGCCUGUCAGAUCCAAAACUAGGCGCCACUGUUAACCACAAGAGGCAGGCUCGAUGCGCAACAUGUGAUGCAGGUCCAGCUGACUGUCCUGGCCACUUUGGCCACCUUGUGCUCGCCAAGCCCAUCUUUCACAUUGGCUUCAUGCGGACUGUGCUAGCAGUGCUCCGAUGCGUCUGCAUCAGUUGCUCUAGGCUCCUUGCCAACCAGGGCAUAGUGACGAAAGCUCUGAGAAUUAGAAAUUCGAAAAAUAGGUUAAAAUAUAUGUCUGAAGCUUGCAAAGGACAUACUGAAUGUCUUGAGGGUGAUUGUCCUGAGACUCAGAAUAAGAAGGAUGUAGAUAGUACAAAGAUAAAAAGUGGCUGUGGUCAUGUACAGCCAAUCAUCAGAGUUGAAGGCAUGGGCAUUAAAGCUGAAUAUAAAGCUCCGAAGAGGAAUUUGGGAUGCACUGAGCAACUUCCUGAAGCUGAUGAACAGAGACAGAGCCUUUCUCCAGAGAAGGUUAUGGAAAUCCUCAAACUUAUAAGUGACAGCGAUUGCCUUCUAUUAGGCUUGAAUCCAAGGUAUGCUCGUCCUGAAUGGAUGAUACUGCAAGUGCUUCCUAUUCCUCCACCAUCAGUUAGACCUUCUGUUGUCAUGAGCAAUUCCAUGAGGAGUGAGGAUGAUCUGACACAUCAGCUUGCGAUGAUUAUUAGGCAGAACAAAGAUUUGAGAAUGAAAAUACAAAAUGGAUGUGCAGCCCACAUAAUCAAUGAGUCUGUGCAGAUCUUGCAGUUUCUGGUUGCGACUUACUUCAACAAUGAACUCUCGGGUCAACCAAAGUCUACACAGCUUUCCGGACGGCCUAUCAAGUCUAUAUGCUGCCGACUUAAAUCUAAAGAAGGUCGUGUUCGAGGGAACCUGAUGGGUAAACGUGUUGACUUCUCAGCUCGGACCGUCAUCACACCAGAUCCGAACAUUAGCAUAGAUGAGCUGGGGGUGCCCUGGAGUAUAGCUUUGAACUUAACAUUCCCAGAGACAGUUACUCCAUAUAAUAUCGAGAGACUCAAGCAACUUGUAGAGUAUGGGGCCUAUCCUCCCCCUUGCAAGACUGGAGCCAAGUUCAUAGUAAGGGAUGACGGGAGGAGGUUUGAUCUCAGAUACCUGAGGAAAAGCAGUGACCAGCAUUUAGAAGUUGGUUUCAAGGUUGAGAGGCACUUGGCUGAUGGAGACUAUGUUGUUUUUAAUCGACAACCUAGUCUCCACAAAAUGUCCAUCAUGGGGCAUCGUGUUAAAAUUAUGCCUUAUUCAACCUUCCGGUUGAACUUGUCAGUUACUACACCAUAUAAUGCAGAUUUUGACGGUGAUGAAAUGAACAUGCAUGUUCCUCAGUCAUUUGAAACCAGAGCAGAGGUUCUGGAACUGAUGAUGGUUCCAAAAUGCAUUGUUUCUCCACAAUCUAAUCGGCCCGUUAUGGGGAUUGUCCAGGAUACACUCCUUGGAUGUUUCAAAAUUUCCAGAAGAGAUACAUUCAUUGAAAAGGACGUGUUUAUGAAUAUCUUGAUGUGGUGGGAAGACUUUGAUGGGAAGAUCCCUACGCCUGCCAUAUUGAAACCAAAGCUGAUGUGGACUGGGAAGCAAGUUUUCAGCUUGAUCAUUCCAAGGCAGAUUAAUCUUAUAAGGUUUUCAGCUUGGCACUCAGAAGUGGAGAUUGGAUUCAAUACUCCUGGGGACACUGUUGUUAGGAUAGAGAAGGGACAUCUUCUAUCUGGUACUCUCUGCAAAAGAACUCUUGGAACCUCAACUGGAAGUUUAGUCCAUGCCAUAUGGGCGGAGAUUGGACCGGAUGCUGCUAGCAAGUUUUUAAGUCAUACGCAAUGGCUUGUGAACUAUUGGCUUUUACAGAAUGGCUUUAGUAUUGGAAUUGGUGAUAGCAUUGUUGACAUGGCAACAAUGGAAAAAAUUACUGAUAUAAUUUCAAAAGCAAAGAAUGGGGUGAAGGACCUUAUCCAACUUUCACGUGACCGACAGUUAGGGGCUGAGCCAGGGCAAACUGUGCUGGAAGCGUUUGAAAAUAGAGUAAAUCAGGUAUUGAACAAGGCCCGUGAUGAUGCAGCAAGUUGUGCUCAGAGGAGCUUAUCUGAUAGCAAUAAUUUAAAGGCAAUGGUCGCUGCUGGCUCUAAGGGAAGUUUCAUUAAUAUUGCACAAAUGACUGCUUGUGUUGGUCAGCAGAAUGUUGUGGGCAAGCGCAUUCCAUUUGGCUUCACUAAUCGAACACUGCCUCACUUCCUAAAAGAUGAUUAUGGACCUGAAAGCCGUGGUUUUGUGGAGAAUUCAUAUAUUCUUGGUCUAACACCCCAGGAAUUCUUCUUUCAUGCUAUGGGUGGUAGAGAAGGUCUCAUUGACACUGCAGUUAAGACAUCUGAAACUGGAUAUAUUCAGCGUCGUCUUGUCAAGGCUAUGGAAGAUGUCAUGGUCAAAUAUGACGGUACAGUUAGGAACUCACUGAGCCACGUAAUUCAGUUCUUGUAUGGUGAAGAUGGGAUGGAUGCUGUAUCUAUUGAGUCACAAAAACUGGAGUCUCUGAAGAUGAAAAAGACUGAGUUUGACAGCACUUUCCAGUAUGAGUUGCAUGAUGACAACUGGAACCCAGGUUACUUGCUUCAGCAACAUGCUACGGACUUGAGAGACAUUCCUGAAAUCAGGGAGGUGUUUGAUUCCGAGGUCCAAAUAAUACAAGCUGACCGCUACCUGCUCGCGAGCGAGAUUGCUAAAAAUGGCGAAAAUACAUGGCCGAUGCCAGUGAAUUUAAAAAGGAUCAUAUGGAAUGCUCAGAAGACAUUUAAGAUUGAUGUGAAUAAGCCCUCCCUCGAUUUGCACCCAAUGGAGAUUGUUGAAGCUGUGGAUAAGCUGCAAGCCAGACUACGAGUUGUUGAUGGUGUCGAUCCAAUAAGCAUCGAGGCUCAAAAGAAUGCUACCUUGCUGUUCAAUAUCCUACUUCGCAGCACGCUAGCUAGCAAGAGAGUCUUGAAAGAGUAUGGGCUUACCAGGGACGCUUUCCAGUGGGUUAUUGGGGAAAUAGAAACCCGUUUUCAUCAGUCCUUGGUAUCUCCAGGUGAAAUGGUUGGUUGUGUGGCUGCACAAUCCAUUGGUGAACCUACAACCCAAAUGACACUGAACACGUUCCAUUAUGCCGGUGUCAGUGCUAAGAAUGUCACUCUAGGUGUUCCCAGGCUGAUAGAAAUCAUUAAUGUUGCAAAGAGCAUAAAAACUCCUUCAUUGUCUGUUUACCUGAAACCUGAGGUGAACAAGAAGAAAGAACUGGCUAAGAACGUUCAGUGUGCUUUGGAAUACACCUCUCUGCAGAGUGUGACCCGUGCUACCGAGCUAUGGUAUGACCCUGAUCCUACAGAUACUGUUAUUGAAGAAGAUGCUGAACUUGUCAAGUCAUUCUGUGAAAUGCCUGAUGAUGACAUUGACCUGGAGACAGUGUCCCCUUGGUUGCUUCGAAUUGAACUGGAUCGUGAGAUGAUGAUUGACAAGAAGUUGAGCAUCAUUAACAUUGUGGAUAAGAUCAAAUAUGAGUUCGGCACUGACCUAACAUGCAUCUACUCUGAUGAUAAUGCCGACAAGCUUAUCCUUAGAGUGCGCAUGGUUAAGCAUGAAAAGGAAGUUCCAAGAGAAGGUGAUGAUUUUGCUCAGGAUGAGCUCUUCCUCAAACAGAUAGAGAGCUUUAUGUUGGCAAAGAUGUCGCUCUGCGGCAUACCUGAGAUAUCCAAGGUGUUUAUCAAGUCUGGAAAGAUCACCAAGUUCAAUCGAAAGGAAGGGUUCAUAACAGAUGUGGAGUGGAUGCUUGACACGGAAGGGGUUAAUCUCUUGCAAGUACUGUGCAAUGAAGAUGUUGAUGCGUCGAGAACGACUAGCAACCAUCUGAUUGAAGUAAUAGAAGUGCUUGGAAUUGAGGCUGCUCGCCGAACAUUGUUGCAUGAGUUGCGGGAAGUCAUCUCCUUUGAUGGAUCUUAUGUGAACUAUCGUCAUUUGGCAAUUCUCUGCGACUUAAUGACACACAAAGGUUAUUUGAUGGCCAUCACCAGGCAUGGCAUCAACAAGAAUGACACAGGGCCCCUUAUGAGAUGCUCAUUUGAGGAAACUGCUAUGAUCUUACUAGAUGCUGCUGCAUAUGCCGAAACUGAUCCAGUUGGAGGUGUCUCUGAGAACAUUAUGCUGGGUCAGCUGGCACCGGUUGGCACAGGGGCCUGUGAGUUGUAUCUGAACACUGGGAUGUUGCAGCAGGCCAUGGACACUGAUCUCCCAAGCUACACUGAUGGUCUAGGUGAUGCCAUGAAGGGCACAUAUUCGCAGCUCUCUGAAGAAACUCCUUAUCUGUCAUCACCGAGUUUGCUAAGCCCAUAUGAAUCUUCACCAUUUGGAGAUACUCGGUUUUCACCCUAUAUCAGUGGACUUACUUCCUCGCCGUUCAGAACAACAAAUCAAUACCGUCCAGUCCCACCAAGUUACAGCCCAAUAACUCCACCAUACUCCCCCUUUAACUCUACACCCAAUUCUUAUAAUCCCAUCUCACCGGUGUACAAUCAUGUAUCGCAAGUCUACAAUCCUGUGUCACCGGUAUACAAUUCUGCCUCUUCGGUCCAUGGUUCCAUGUCACCGGUAUACAAUUCUGCCUCUUCGGUCCAUGGUUCCAUGUCACCGGUGCACGGUUUCAUGACACCUCGAUAUGCUCCUGCUUCUCCAGUUUAUGAUUCCCCGCCACCUUCUUACAGGCCUACGUCGCCCAUGCCCUAUUCGGCUUCACCUUAUUACAGCCCUACCACCCCUGUAUAUAGCCCUUCUUCACCUGUUUACAGUCCAUAUUCAUUGGUGUACAGUCCUCAUGAUCCCUCCGUGGCAUCCUAUAGCCCGACUUCCCCUCUGUACAGUCCAACUGCACCUAGUUACUCUCCUAUGUCACCCCAGUAUACCCCAAGCUCGCCAAGUUACUCUCCUAACUCUGCUGCUGACAGCAACCCAGCUUCCCAGAUUUACAGCCCUACUUCUCCCCAUUACUCCCCCACUUCACCCGAUUACUCAUUGGCUCAUGACACAGAGUACAGCCCGACUUCUCCCCGAUACUCUCCCACGUCACCCGGUUACUCCCUGGCUCAUGACACAGACUACAGCCCCACCUCUCCUGGUUAUAGCCCGACUUCACCAGGCUACAGUCCAAAUGUGCAGAAUUAGUUUCUUCCCUUUGCUCGGCGUAUAUUGUGUCUCCUCUGGGAAGGCACCAACAGACCUUCCGGAUGAUGUGCGUUCCGUGGCUGAUUGGAGAAGGAAUCAAAUGGUCGUGGUACAUGGACGUUUAUUUGUUAACACUGAAGUUCUGGUAUAGUCUUGUGGUAAAAAAGUGUGCAUACUCUCUGCAUCUUGAGUUGUGGGACUUCCUUGCAACUGUAGCCUUAAAAACGAUUGCAAAUACCAAGCAACAUUCGGGUCA